AUGAUCUUUAUCCGUCGCCACCUUGAUGAGGGACUGAAGAUCGAGUACCUCACGGUUGAAGAUCCACUAACCCUCUGGAAAGCACUGAGAAAUGGAUACAAUCACCAAAAAACGGUGGUUCUUCCAAGGGCUCGUUAUGAGUGGGCUCACCUAAGGAUCCAGGAUUUUAAGAUGGUGGCUGAGUACAAUUCUGCUAUGUUCAAAAUUACCUCCCAGUUGAAGCUCUAUGGAGAAACCAUUACUGAGGAAGACAUGCUGGAAAAGACUUUCAGCAUCUUUCAUGCCUCCAACGUGCUUCUGCAGCAGCAGUAUAAAGAAAGAUGCUUUGCCGAGUACAACCAGCUGAUAUCUGUACUUCUUAUAGCUGAGCAAAACAAUGAGCUUCUGAUAAAGAAUCAUCAGUCCCGACAUACUGGAUCAGCACCAUUCCCAGAAGUGAAUGUUGUUUCCCUUGAAGGGAAUACCACAUCCUCUCACGACAAUAAUUACAAACGAGGACGUGGCCACAAGCGAGGCCGAAAUGGCAAGAACCAUGGUGUCCAGUUUCACAACCAGAUUCCAAGACAUAAUACAGGCCCGAGCUUUUAA